CUUAUGAAAACAGGGCGUCCAGAAUAUUACUUACCAUCACCGAAAACCGUUGCGCGUGAUGUCAGACAGGUGUUCGUUCGAACGUGUGCACGCAUUGCACAAAUGCUACAGGACUACCCCGGAGAAUUGAACUUUGCGACCGACGCAUGGACGUCGCUGAAUCAUAGGGCGUUUGUCGCUGUUUCCGUGCAUCUCGAACACGAAGGUAAAGCACUGUCAAUGAUACUCGACAUAGUUGAGGUGGCGAAGGUAAAUAGAAUGAACGAGGGCACACACCAUAUUGCUGACUAUUGGUAG